UCGAGGCAGGCGAAUCGACCGCUCGCCAGGGAGAAUAUCCAGAUUUACGCGUCCGUGCUGUGAUAUAAUUUAGACAAUUUUAGAGAAAUUUCUGAUUUAAUAUGGAAUACGGGACCCAGGAAGCCCGCGGGUUCGGUGGACCCGGGAUGAAACCCCCCAGGCCCAUCGUGGAUCCCGAAGCACAAGGAGAAGUUGAUCCUUCGUUAUAUCCAGAGCCCAAAGAAGCCACUCACAAAAUCCGCGGAAAAUCUGACAUCAUCGAACGACUUUUCGGUCCAGUAGAUCAAGAGCUUCUUGUCGUUAAAAGCUUUUAUUUCUUCUUUUACUCGGCCUUUGGAUCACUAUUUCCUUUGAUGGGGGUCUACUUUAAACAAAUGGGCAUGAACGCCACCCAAGCAGGGUUUCUUAUAGGUUUCCGACCUUUCGUCGAAUUCUUGGCGGCUCCAUUUUGGGGCAGCCUGGCCGAUAGAUGGCAAAAAGGGAAGAUCCUGCUGCUGGCCUCUAUAGCUUCCUGGAUAAUUUUUACCGUGCCUUUAGGCUCCAUACAGCCUCCAGCCAUAUCAUGUAUGCUAAUCAAAGAUAAUCAGCCAAUGCUAACUAUUCCAGAAACUACCAAGAGACUGGUCAAUAAACGAUCAGUACCGACAGAACCUGUUUCUUUUGAUUUUCUCGAGCCUCAAGAAGAUUCCCCAGAGUUUAUUGGGAGCCUAAAUAGACAAAAACGAGCCACUAAGGCUAUAUACAAUAUCAGUGCCGGCCAAUCACCAGUUGGAGUUGCAUACGCAGCAAACUACGAUGAGAAGGAACAUAAGUCCUGGGUGAAACCGAUCAUAUCUACCAUAGUUUACAAAAAUGCGGAUAUUCAAAAAUCAUUUUUCUUGCUAAUGCUUUUAGUUAUCAUCGGGGAAUUUUUUGCAGCUCCUGCUAUAACGUUAGCGGACUCAGCGGUGCUAACCUUAUUAGGCGAGGAUGCUGAUACCUACAGCCACCAAAGAAUGUUUGGAUCUUUUGGGUGGGGUUUAGCGAUGUUUUUUGUUGGUAUUGCUCUGGAUCAUUCUACCUCAUUUCCCAACCAUCCAUGUGGCCCAGACGUAAAGGAAAGGAACUACACAAUCUGUUUUGCUACAUUUUCAGUUUUAAUGGGGGCAGCUUUAAUAACAGCUACUCAAAUAAAUUUCAAAUAUGACGACCCAGAUCCAGAACCUAUUAAAGAAUCAGCUGUUGAAUCGGAUGUGUUGUCAAAGGAAGAUCAGAUGCAGGCUCAGCUAGCUGAACAGUUGAACUUACCAUCUUUGGCUGAUACUAGGGCCUCCAAUGUGAUACCUCCCGCUCCAAAAGAGCAAAAAAGUAAAAUUUUCGCGCAGACCACUAGAGAAAUCCCCGAGUGGAUAAUGGUCCUAAGCCACUUCAAGAACCUAAAGUGCGCCUCAUUUUUAUUCGUCGCAUGGUUCAUGGGUUUCGGUAUUGGAAUGAUCUUCACCUUCCUAUUUUGGCAUUUACAAGACUACGAUGGUACACCGACUUUGUUCGGAGUCGCCUCUGUGAUCAACCACAUAUCAGAAAUAUUCGCGUAUUUCUUUAGCUUUAGGCUUAUUAGACAAAUUGGACACGUAAAAGUGCUGUGCUUGGGAUUGAUAGCUAAUAUUUUGAGAUUCUUGUAUAUAUCGUGGCUGACCAAUCCGUGGUGGGUGUUGCCCUUUGAGUUUAUGCAGGGCAUCACUCAUGCUGCCGUAUGGGCUGCUUGCUGUUCCUAUAUAUCGCACAACACACCUCCUGAAAUGCGAUCGCAUGCUCAGGGAGUCCUACAAGGAAUUCACCAUGGCUUAGGUCGUGGUUGUGGAGCUGUGAUAGGAGGUAUGUUCGUGGCCUCAUUUGGAUCGACCACUACAUUCCGAGGCUACGGAUUGCUUUGCAUCUUGGUAUUGGUGGCGUUCAUUUUUAUUAAUUUUUACCGAGUAGAUCAAGGUUUUGUUUCGGAUAUACCUCAGACUGAAGAUCCUCGACAGGUGGCUGAAGAAACGUCCCAUUUGGCUCCCCACGGAGUCCCAAGCAAUCCAAUCCCCAGAGCUCUUUCUAGUACUAAGUUAAACGAGUUAUCUCAGCAAGAUGGUUACGGAGCUACGUACCAAAUGGGUCAAGGUGGUACCCUGGAUAUUCCUGGAGCUGGUGGUGGCUACAAUCCAUUCCAGGGUGGCGGUGGGAUGCAACAGCAGCGCAAAGUUGCUUUUGAGACCAAAAACGAAACCUAUGCAGCUGCAAAAUACUCAGCUCCAAGUUGUAGCUACCCAACUGCUAGCACUGCCGUAGAGAUCCAGCAACCCAUUACAACCGGUAGUAAAUCAUAUGAUUGGUAAGCGAUUAAACUUACAAAUAAUAAGUGAAAGGUAUUAAAAUUUACACUAAUUUGUCCAUUAAGUUUUACUUUGGAAACUGUUUUUGAAAAACCUUAACUCCUAAGAUUAUUUAUAAUUAAUAAAAGCAAAAUUUAUUAGGCUCUUAUAAAUAUUAAGUAAUAAACUAAUAGUAAAUAAUAAUUCUAAUAUUAUAAUAAAUAUGGCAAUUUCAUUUUUUUGUGAUAUUUUUAUGUUAUUUGUUAUGUCUGUAAAACAUUAUUGUAACUGUCUGUGUAAUGCUAAAAGGACCGUCGGUAGAUUUUAAUUUCUAAUUCCUAAGGCAGCGGUAAGAUGUAAAAUUAAAAAAUCUGUAAAUAAACUAGAAUACAAUCUUUGAUAAAUGUAAUUUUUUCCUUGUUAAAAGUGAAAUAUUUAACCUUAAGCCGUAUUUUUAAAUCAUUGUUUAUUCCUCAAUAGACACAUAAAAAAAGACUUAAAUGCUGGAAAUCCCUUACAAAACUCUCAUAUCAGAAAUGUUCUUAUAGUUCAACGAAUAUUAAAGACAUCCUUAGACUGUUAAAUCUUGAAAAUUUUAUUGUAAACAUAUUUUAGGUCUUUUAUCUUCUUUACAGCAUGUUAUAAGCAUUUAAACAAAAAUUAAUUGUUAAAUGCUUAAAAUACUAAUAUGUCGGUUAUAGCCUUAGCAAACACAUAUCGUAUAACAAUCGAAGAUACAUUAUAUAAAAUAA